UCUUGAGAGGGAUAGGAGUUUUAGGGUUCUUGGGGAGAUCGAUGGCGAUGGCGAUGGCUCUAGGCAGGAAAUGCGGCUUGAUCCCGCGGCAAUUGCAACAGGUGCGCGGCGUGUAUAUCGAUUGCAAGGGGCUGAAUUUCGAGCAAGCCAUGGCGCGCUAUGGCCGGAAAAUGCGACAGGACAAGACGCUCAACGAUCUGCUCAAGAAGGAGUACUACGUGAAGCCGUCGGAGCAGCGGCGCCAGGCGGAGAAGGAGCGCGUCAAGCGAACAAAGAAGAGGCUCUUCCGGGAGAAGCUCAAGUUCGUCUUGAUGUUGCGAGCAAGAGGGCUGUGAUCGAAUUUUGGUGAUCUUUGAUUUGUUAUCCUCGCUACUAGAGUAGAGGUACUGUUCUUAUGAACCAACAAGAGCCCUAAGUUUCUUUUCUAUCAUGGCCUCGGGAGGGCCUCUUCUCGGUCUCGACGACCUCAUCCAUGAUCUCAACAAAGACCCAGCUUCUCCGAAUUUCCCCUGGUUGGAUCGCCCAUCAGCAGCGCAAGAAGAUCAUCAUCUCCCUCUGGAUCUCGAUCUCGUAGAGGAAAUCCAGGAGACCUGCCGCGAUCUCAAUGCCGCAUUGGAGCGUCCAGGCUAUGCUUGGACCUCACUCAACCAGAAGCUAUGUACGAGCCUGGCGGCCGCAGCCGAGAUCCUUCGAAUCAGCCACGCGAAUUUCGCGCAAUUGCUCCAGAAACUCCAAACCCUGCGCACGAUUGUUGGCAGGGGAGAAGGAACCCUAAAGAUGCUAUAAAUGCCGAUUUUCUAGGUCGAGUAUAUUCUCUUAGGGCAGGGCGUGCCAUAAGGGUUUCCAACGACAGCGCGCCCCUCAUCGAUAGAGCUGGCUCUGCUCCAUCUUCCCUGCGACGCGCGAUUAUCGAAUCGAGAGUGUGAGGCUUCUUCCAAGAGGGCAAUUGUUCUAGAAUGUUUGGAGGUGGAUACAGGAAAGACGAUGGAUUGCCCGCUGUAAGCACUGCGAACAUUUUCUCUGCGCUUGAGCGAAAAUCCAACAAGAAGAAGUUGGACAAGCAUGCAUUGCAAAGCAGCCAGAGUAAGCAGCAGGAGGACGCUGGCCAGUUUUGGGUGCCAAGUCCGGUUACCGUCAAGUCUUGGGCCGAUGUCGAGGACGACGACGAUUACUUUGCGACCACCGCACCGCUGCCAGCGAUCUGGGGCCAGACAACAACAAAGGCCUCGCAGGAAUCCUCCGUGAACCAUGACUUGAAUCACUUGGAGGAUUCCGAGGUUGACGAGGAUUUUGACGAUGAUGCCGACGAAGAGGUCGAAGAAGAGAAAAGCGAGGAAGCCGGUGUCGUGAGUUCAGGACAAGCUGAGCAACGUCCUCAAACUCCCACGGUACUUCGCGAGCUGGACAAGCAGCUCUCCAAGAAGGAGAUCAAGAAGAAGGAAUUGGCGGAGCUUGCGGCCGUCCUGGCCGAGUUUGGCGUUUCCACGGAGGAGACGAAGAAAGAAGCGAAGAACGAAGACGACGAGGAUGCCGUUCCGAGCAACGACGGCGACGCUGCAAACAACGAGGCGGAGAGGAAGAUCGCGAAGAAGAAGAAGCCCAAGAAGGAGAAGACCGCUCCUGCCGUGCCCGUGAUCAUGGAGGAGAUCGAAUCGAACGUGACGGCGGUCGCGGAGCCGAUGGACGUUCUCAUCAAGAAGAAGCUGGUGGCGGGCAAAAAGAAGAAAUCCGUCAAGGAGAACAGCUCCGCCGCCACGAGCAAAGUCGCCGCCGAGGCCGCCGCUCGAGCUGCAAAGCUGGCCGCCGCCAAGAAGAAGGAGAAGAGCCACUACAACCAGCAGCCAGCUCGUUGAUUGCCGCCAUGGAUCUCAAUCGAUUUCCAGCAAGCUCCGGGACGCGAGAAGGAAAGAAAGAUCACAAAGACAAUGUGCUACCAUCAUCAGCAUCACUUAUAUUAUAAAGUCGUGUUCUUUGCCUAUUGGCUGAA